AUGGAACCACGUACACCCGUUGAUAGAGAAGAAGAUGGCGAUGAAAGAACAGAAAAGAUGAUCUUUGUGGAAAGUAUUAGCCGAUUGUUAGCCCAACCAAGUGAACGUGCUUUAGGUGCAGUGAAACGAGCUACUAAAGCACUUUUACAAAAGAAAGAGAAGGGAUCACCUCGUCUAGUAGUCCUUUCACUAGCCAAAGUCUAUCUAAAUCUGCUACCCUCUUAUAAUAUCCACUUAUCCGCCUUUAAAUAUAACACGCGAUCAAAAGCAACCAAUUAUGAGUAUUCUUUAGCCCAAGAAUGGCGCGGGUAUCUUAAAAUGCUCACUCGAUCAAGAACUGACGAGUCUUAUGAAGCAGCGACUAUUCUACUGCCCCAAACAGUGCUCUUCAACAAAAGCAGUAAGUUAAUUGGUAAAGUAGUUAAAGGAACAGCUAUCAAGGGCCGACUUGGCCAAAAGUGCACUAAGACUUUAAAAACAAUCUUUAAGUGCGAUAAGGGCAAUCGGAUUAUCAAAAUUUUAGAGGUAGUCAACCAAAUGAAUCUCCAAAAAGUCUCUAAAAAGGCCAUUAAAGCCCUACUAAGUAUUUCUGAUGAGGUCCUAGCUAAACCAGAACGUCUUGUACGCUUACGUCCUGAAGAGAUGCGCAAACUGACCACUGAAGAGAAGGCCAUUCAGAAAGAAGCCCAGCUGCACUCUUUACCUGAUGAACUAAGAGCCUGGAAAGGUAUUAACGAACGACUAUUACGUACUUACCUUCUUAUUUUAACCCAAAGAAGUAUUGAUCGGUACUGGUUUGUUAUUCCUGAACUAUCAAGAUUGAAGAUUCCUGGCAAUCUUCAUGAGGGUAUCUUUACAGUACUAACUGAGAAAAUAGACUAUCUUAAGGCCAAUCUAACUCCGCAUCGAGUUGUUAUUUUAGUUGAGUGUUAUACGGCUAUUUAUAAGAUCUUUGGGGCUAAGCUUGAGUUUGCCUUCCAACAGGAAGAUCUUAAGCGGAUUCCCUUGGAUAUUUGGGUGGAAAUAGAUAAUAAGGAAAUGAAAAGGGUUUAUUCGUGCUUGCAGUCGAUCGAGAAACAUCAGGGACAUCCCGAUCUUAUCAAGUUACUUAUUAGAAGGGGCAUGUACCGGAUAGAUCCUAAUCUUUCCGAAAUUGUGCGCUAUCUCAUGCCAGUAGGCGGUCCCAAGUAUCUAGAGUCCUAUGCCAUGGAUGGCUUCUGGGAAUUUUCACUCCUCCGACGGCCCCGCAGCAUAAAGUAA